AUUAUUAUCAUUCUUCACAUUUACAGACUUUGCCGAAGAUACUGAGCCAUCUUGCUCCAGCAUUUUGCAUGAGCAGCUGUAGCUUCGUAGUGGAGAAAUCUAAAGAAUCCACAGCUCGGGUGGUCGUGUGGCGGGAGAUAGGAGUACAGAGAAGCUAUACCAUGGAAAGCACGCUGUGUGGCUGUGACCAGGGGAAAUACAAGGGUUUGCAGAUUGGUACUCGAGAACUGGAAGAGAUGGGGGCAAAAUUUUGUGUUGGUCUGUUGCGUUUGAAAAGACUGACAUCUCCAUUGGAAUAUAAUCUGCCUUCCAGUCUGCUUGACUUUGAAAGUGACUUAAUUGAAUCAAGCUGCAAAGUAACUAGCCCUACCACUUAUGUUUUGGAUGAAGAUGAACCUCGAUUUCUUGAAGAAGUUGAUUACAGUGCAGAAAGUAAUGAUGAGUUAGAUAUUGAGUUGGCUGAAAAUGCAGGAGAUUAUGAACCUUCUUCUGCUCAAGAAGAAGUGCUUUCUGACUCUGAAUUACCAAGAACAUAGCUACCUUGAGCCCUCUGCCAUCUCUUGCUAACUGCAUAGAAGAAAUGAAAUGUCUUGGUUUUUAUUACACAGGAAAUUUGAGAGAAAUGAGUUUAGAGCAAGCUGACUCAAACAGACAAAAAGUAACUUGGACCUGUUUGGUUUCAAGACAAUAAAUAUGUCAUUAAUUCAUUAUAAAAUUGGCACUUGUUUUAUUUUAGAUAUUCAAUGCAUUUUAUAUAGCAUUGAAUGACCAAAUAUCGGGUUUACUUAAAAAGAACUGAGUAUCACUGCAUGAAUUUUUAUCUCCGUAUGGUUACAGGCCACAUCAAAUGAGUAAUUUUGAAGUGUGUCAGAAUAUAAAAUCUAAAUUUUAGAGUUGUUGAAAAUCUUGAAUUGUUGAAAAGUAAUAUAUAUGUACAUGGGUUUCUAUAGAUGUGCUUGUGUAAGGGUGGGUAGAUAUUGAAGAUAAGACUGUUCUUUAGAAUCAUGUUAACUGGUUGUGACUGAAAUAAUCCAGAGUUUGCCUUGAAACCGUUACGUUCUACAUUUACCAAAUUAAAUAAAUGAAAACUAUAUUAAAUGUUGCAUUCAUUUGGUCAUCCUUUUUAGAUUAUUUGCUGUAUAGUACUUUGUGAGGAUAUUAUAAAAAUCUAAUAUCUCAACACACCGAUAGAAAGUUAAAGAAAAAAAAGCCCAAUUUACUAGUCGUAAUGUCUUUUAUAGUAUGCCAGUACCUAUUGCAAAGGAAAAUUUGAACAGCUCUUCUCUCCGAAAUUGUGUCUCAUGGAUACAUCUCAAAUUUUCCAUUGUGGUCCGUUUGUUAAGCUAAAAAAAAAAAAAAUGGGGUGAGGAUACAGUCUGAUGUUAAAUGUGCAUUUGUGUAUUGAGCUCAUUAGUGUCUUAUAGGCUAUGCUGUGUUACUAGGCGUACUGAAGUGGAUAUAUUUAGGGCAUGCUGGCACUGUAUCACGGUCCUAGAGGACUGCAGUGAAUUUAAAACAUUUCUCGUAGUGAUAUCUUGCUGAGUUUUAGCUGUUCUGCUGCAGGAAUUAUUUUGUCUUCAAAUAUAAUAAAACACAUCUAGUGAGUGACUUUGGAUAAGUGCUUUAAGAACUGUUUUUAUUGCAACAAAACAAACCCAAAAAGAAACCUCAUUAAUAGAUUCUUGCCAGCACUCAGAUGCUUAGGUUUUAGUACAUAUCUUCUUGCUUUUUUUCCGACAUGAGGAUAUUUUUAAACUUAUUAUAGUGGAAAGCAAAUUACAAAAGUAUAGUUCAGAUUUAUACAGUUUCCAAAUUAAUAAUUUUUCUUUGUACUGUUUAAGGUAUUUCAUCAGCCAUGUAAGUUCUUUUUAGUAUCUUGGGAGCCAUGAUUGAAAACAUAGUAUGGGGCAAUUGAAAGAAGUCUUUUUCUCUGAAUAGCCUAAUUCUUAUUAAGCUCAGAACAUGAAGAUGAAAUAGAUUGUGAAGUUGAACCAGUCUCUUUAGUGUGGUAACCUAAUUUCGAAAGAUCAAGAUACAUUAGCAAGGUAGAAUAUUAUUUAUUGAAUAAUUUAUUAAUAAUUUAUAAUUAUAAACAUUUAUUUUUAUAAUUAUCCUCUAUGUAAAACAAUUACAUAUAUUAUUUAAAUUAUACCUUUGUCAGAGAGUAGAUUAUGGACCCACCGUGUCUAUACAUGAAUUUUUCAUACUUUACAGAAUUAGAGAUUAGAAACCAAGAGAGUCGCAUAUGCAAAACUACUAGUUACUAAAAUACACAGAAUUAUUCAAAAAUUUAAAUUUAUUUGCUCUGUUAGCAGUAUAAAAGCCCCUUACGAUUAUAAUAUUUUAUAUCGAUUAAGCAUAUCUUUUAGUCUCUAUUACAAACCCAACUAUGCCUUUUAUUGAAUAUUUAUAAGAUUAAAGAGAAAGUCUUCAUGGUUAGGAAAUGGCUUUUUUAUAAACAAUAAGUAGCUUUGAAAGAAUAAACAUUUACAUUCUAACGUUUUCAAUUAGAGAUAUAACUUAGUUUCACGGGGCACUAGUAGCUAAAAUUGCCCUAGUUUUUCACCUCUGUGGCCUCACUAUUUUUUUCAUGAUUUCCAAAGAAUGGUUUCGAUGCCUUCAAUGCCAUGGUCCUGAAAAUUAAUGUUCUACCCCAUGUAGCAGAGAGGAGUUCUAAAACACUGAGUGUAAUGAGGGGUUUACUUGCUUUAUCUUGUAUUUGGAACUUCGAAGUUCCUAAACUUAGUUUUGGCUCAGUACAGUGGUUCUCAAGCUGGGUACGUCUCAGAUUCACCCAAAGGGCCUGUCAACUGCAGACUGCUGAUUAUGCAGAUCUGAGUGGGACGCAAGAAUCGGCUUUCCUUUUAGAUUCCCAGAUGGGGACACCGAGUGCACUUGAGAAUCACUAGUACAGCCUGGUGCACUCUUUCAGGCCUGAGCCAAGGAAACAGACAUGCAAAAGUCAAGUCAUGCCGUGGUCCUUCAGGCCUCCCGACAGCUCGCCUCAUGUUCUCACCCACGAGGGGAGGCCACCUUAGCCCUCCUCCAAAGUGUGAGGACUGUUAAGGCUCUUACUUGAAUUUGUGAAAUUCGUUCAGGCGAGGUAGAAGUCAAAACCACAUGGUUCUCCACUGUUGAUUGCGAAUGUGGUCUUGUUUGAAUAACCGGAAGUAUAAUUAAUCUCUCUGCUUCUUUGAUGGUUUUUUUGUGUGGAGUUUGAAACAUGGAUGUUUGUCUGAAUCCUAAUUACAAAUACCUGGAGUUAUGCUUCAGAUAAUGCGCUAAUAGCAAUGAAUAGGAAAUAUCUAAAUUUCAGCUAUCCAAAUUAAAAUAACUAUAUUGGUAUAAGCACUGAAAUGGAUAUGGAUAAUAUAAUAAAUGUACUAAUAAAAUUGUUUUUCUGCAUGAUCCAGAAAUAAAUGACACUAAUGAAACUAUAAGUGUAUCCUUAUAAAUCCUCUUGUUUUUCUGUACAUACUUUAAUCAUUAUGAAAUAUUAAUUGAAAAUUGGUGAAUUUUUCUUUUAUUUCAGUGAAGAUUUAGUAGCCAUAUGUAAACACUAGUUGUUUUCCCUUAGGAAAAACUUGUGGAAACAAUGUUUUAAUUGGAACAGUAUUAUACUUUAUACAAUAAAAGUUACUAUUAAGAAAUA